UCAUAACUAUUUCAUGAUGGAGUUCCCACCAAAGAUGCUGCUGCUGCUGCUGAAAAUGCUCACACGCUGGAAAGAUGCAGUUCUAAAAGAGAUGUCAAACGCUUAAGAAGUGUUCGGUAGCGUGAUUUGUUUUCUUUGCUGUUUUGGAGCAACUAAAAAUACGUAUACAAACAAUUACAAAACGAGAUAAUGCGUGUCAAAAAGUCGGAAUUGAUGAUUUUUGUCCUCUUUUUAGUACUGCGGCCACAGCAUGCUUGGUCAAAACUACAUUUACCCGUUAUCGCUGCGACUGAAGUGAAACUGAAUCUUCCCAAUGGUGUUGGCCAACUAUUGGGUUCAAUAUUGAAUGUAAAAAAUAGUGGCGCCCAACGUCAAGGUGAACUAUAUAAACGUCAAUUUGGUCCCUUUGCCUUGAAUAUUGGAAUCGAUUCGCCGCCCGCACAAACAUAUCAAUAUACACCGGAAAAUUAUCAAUAUGUCCCGCCACCACAACCGGCACCAGGAUGGCAGCAGCAUCACCUGCCCUAUCAAAUGGGUGGCUAUUAUCCAUAUUCUCAACCGAAUAAUCAAUAUUUGCCAUCGCAGGGUAGUUAUUAUGGCAUGCCAUCCUAUUAUCCCCCAGCACCAGUUCAACCAUCGCACAAUAUGCCACAACAGCCAGCAAUGGAAAAUCCCUACAUGAGGCCCAUGUAUCCAAGUGGACCCAUGAUGCCGUUGGUUCCCAUUACUGAAUUACCCUUACUACCCAAUCGGCCAAUUCUACCAAAGACACCCGAUGUCAUUCCAAAACACAAACGAAAACUAAGGAAGGGUACUAUAAUUACACCGGAUUCAUCGCUAUAUGUUCAUAUACCAGAGGAGAAACCUUCAAUGGACAUUGAUCCGAGGCGUUAAAGUGAAUUUUGCGAUGUAUAAUUGCUAAGGAGUUUUUAUAUGUUAAAGUAGAUACAUAUGUAUUCAGAACAUAAAGUGUAAAUACAA